GCCGGGAGGUUCUGCGCAGGCGCGGCAAUCGUGCGACAGCCGUCACUUACGGCCGGAGCUGUUGGUGCUGGGAGUUGGUGGCGCGGUGCAGGGUUCAUAAGAACGAACGGCUUGGGCGCGGACUGGUAUCCGGGGACUGUGACUUGCAGGGUCCGCCAUGGAGCCGGAGCAGAUGCUGGAGGGACAAACGCAGGUUGCAGAAAAUCCUCACUCUGAGUAUGGUCUCACAGACAACGUUGAGAGGAUAGUAGAAAAUGAGAAGAUUAAUGCAGAAAAGUCAUCAAAGCAGAAGGUAGAUCUCCAGUCUUUGCCAACUCGUGCCUACCUGGAUCAGACAGUUGUGCCUAUCUUAUUACAGGGACUUGCUGUGCUUGCAAAGGAAAGAUGAGGAAACAGACUUGGAGAGGUUAAGUGACAUGCUCAAGACAACACUGCUGGGUCUUGCUGCGUACGUUGCCCAGGUUGGAAUGCAGUGGUGUGAUCAUGGCUCACUGUAGCCUUGACGUCCUAGGCUCAAGUGAUCCUCCUGCCUCCGCCUACCAAGUAGCUAGGACCACAGGCGAAGCCGCCACGCCCGGAUAAUUAAAAAAUAAAAAUUUAUAGAAACAGGGUUUUCUAUGUUCUCCAGGCUGGUCUCGAACUCCUGGCCUCAAGCAAUCCUACUGCCUAAGACCCCCAAAGUGCUGGGAUUAUAGGCAGGAGGUACCAUGUCCAUGCAGUUACAAACAUAGUGUUUGCCCCAAAACUUUCAUUGGAUGUAUGCAACUUUCUCUUCCUCUAUUCCUACUUUUGCAAUGGUGUACUCUGUAACAAUAACAUUUCCUCAGAGGUCCAAGAUAGCCUCCUUUGCUGUGAUUCUUACACAAUUGUAAAAAAAUUAUUUGCUCCUGACAUUUAUGUGUAAUACUGGGAUUUAUAA